AUGUUAUGCUGCCCGAAAUCGAUUUUCGAUAGACAGGAAAAUCUCCGGAUGAUACGUCAGAAUUCGGCAAGCAAUUUAGAUCCAUAUCGAAGACCACCAUUAUCUUCUGUCUAUAAUAAAGAUAUUUGCGAGGAUGAAUUUCACAAUAACUUUUUACUCUCUCGCCGAUUGGAAUCAAUGAACAGAACGGAAUCAUAUUUGAGCGGUCUAGUAGGGAAAGCAGAACAUAUGUCAAUGCUAGUUGAUAAUCAAAAUGGAAAUGGAGGUGAUUUAUUUACAAUCAACAUGACGGGUAUUCGGAGAGUACCGGUAAUGCCAAUGCAAAAUGAUCGAAGGCGCCCGCUUCCGGUACCAUCUCCUGGUUAUUUCAAUCAUCUAUAA